UCUGAUGGUGGGGUAGGGUCUGCUUCCCGGUGCAAUUUUGCCAAUUUUUACGUUGAAUUGUUUAAAUAUUGUUUGAAUGGCGCUGCUGCGGAACAUAACAAACAGCUUUUGCAGCAGCUUUCGGCGAUAUGCGAGCAGCGGCUGCACCAUAUACAGCCUCAGCUCGGGCCACGUCAAGUGCGGCGUCUCCGUGAUACGCGUCUCCGGUCCACAGACAAAGAGAGCGCUGCGCGCCAUCGUCGGAUGCAGCGACUACGAGCCCAAGGCGCGGCAGGCGUAUCUAAAGUCAUUUUUUCAUCCCAUCAGCAAUGAAAUGAUUGACAGGGGUCUGCUGCUGUGGUUUCCCGGGCCAGCCUCCUUCACCGGCGAGGAUGCGUGCGAGUUUCAGGUGCACGGCUCCCUGGCAGUCAUUGCGGCCAUGCUGGACGCUCUCGGACGGCUGGAUGGACUGCGACAGGCCGAACCGGGCGAGUUUACAAAGCGUGCGUUCUUUGGCGGCAAACUGGACUUAACAGAGGUCGAGGGUCUGGCGGAUCUGAUACACGCGGAGACCGAGGCACAAAGGAAACAAGCACUGCUGCAGAGCACGGGCGCCUUGGGCCGCCUGUACAACAAGUGGCGCAAGCGUCUCAUCCGCUGUGCCGCCCACCUGGAGGCCUUCAUAGACUUUGCCGAGGAGGAGCAAAUCGAGGGCGGCGUCAUCCUGCAGCUGACCAAGGAACUGAAGGCGGUGCGUGGCGAGAUACGCGAGCAUUUGAAUGACCAGCGGCAGGGCGAACUGCUGCGCGAGGGCGUGCGCACCGUCAUCGUUGGAGCGCCCAAUGUGGGCAAGAGCAGUCUGCUGAAUCUGCUGUGCCAGCGCUCCGUUUCGAUUGUCACCGACCAGGCGGGCACAACGCGCGACAUUAUCGAGACGAUGCACAACUUUGACGGCUAUCCGGUGAUAUUCUCGGACACUGCAGGCCUGCGCAGGCACACGGCGGACAGCAUAGAACGGGAGGGCAUGAAGAGAGCAAGGAAAUGUGUGGAGGAAUCGGAUUUAAUACUCCUCUUGACCGAUGCGAAGGCUGUGAGCGAACUGUCCAGCAACGAGAUGGUUGCUGCCUAUGUGGAGCGCUACCUCAAAGAUUUGGACAUACCCACGGAGCUGUGCAGCGGCAAGCGAGUGCAGCUGGUGGCCAACAAAACGGACACACUCUCCGCAGAGGAGUGCCAGCGCUUGGAGCAGCUGAGCAACGUUUUAUCCAUCUCCUGCCAUCAGCCUGCCAAUAUGCCCACUUUUCUGGGCGCCCUCGAGCAGCAGCUGCAGCAGCUUUGCGGCACACCACGCGCCGAGCAUCCGCGCAUCACGAACACACGCUACCGCCAGCAACUGGAGCGCUGCAUUGAGAACAUUGAUAUAUUCCUAAGAGAUUACAAGCCAGAUGUUUUCCCCGACAUGGCCAUUGCCGCCGCAAAGCUGCGGAAUGCCGUGCGCUGCAUUGAACGCAUCACGGGUCACGUCAGCUGCGAAGAUAUACUCGAUGUGGUGUUCAAAGACUUUUGUAUUGGUAAAUGACUUGAUAUUAUAGUAGAUUAGAUAGUUGAUAGCUACUAAGCGCAAAGUCUGCAAUAAUUUAUAAAUAUAUUUUUGGAAUUUGAAUUU